GAUAAGACCUUCUGGAGGAAAGUUAUGUGGUCAGAUGAAACAAAAAUUGAGCUGUUUGGCCACAAUUUUUUUUUUGCGGCUCCAAACAGAUUUUGUUGUUGUUGUAAUUUGGCUCUUUCAACAUUUUGGGUUGCCGACCCCUGCUUAAAGGACCGAGCAACCUGAAGCAACCUAUGAAAGGGAGGGUCUGCAUAUGCACUCAAACAAGGUACAUUUUUGUUCCACUACACGAAUAAAAAAAAAACGGAUUCCCGGAGAAGAAAAUAAGAAAAACAAUCACCUUCACAUGUUUAUGUAUGUAGGAGGGUGCUUUUGGUAGCCAUUGACAAGCUUAUGAUGAAACAAAAAUUGAGCUGUUUGGCCACAAUACCCAGCAAUAUGUUUGGAGGAGAAAAGUUGAGGCCUUUAAUCCCAGGAACACCAUACCUACCGUCAAGCAUGGUGGUGGUAGUAUUAUGCUCUUGGCUUGUUUUGCUGCCAAUGGAACUGGUGCUUUAAAUGGGACAAUGAGAAAGGAGGAUUACCUCCAAAUUCUUCAGGACAAGCUAAAAUCAUCAGCCCGGAGGUUGGGUCUUGGGCGCAGUUGGGUGUUCCAGCAGGACAAUGACCCCAAACACACGUCAAAAGUGGUAAUAAAUCAGGCUCGAAUUAAGGUUUUAGAAUGGCAUUCCCAAAAAACAAGUCCAUGUCAGAAAACCAACAAAUUUAGUUGAGAUGAAACAAAAUUUGAGCCACAAUUUUUUUUUUGCGGCUCCAGACAGAUUUGUAAUUUGGCUCUUUCAACAUUUUGGGUUGCCGACCCCUGCUUUAGGGUAUAAAAGGAGGGAUAAACCAAGCAACCUUUGACAGGGAGGGUCUGCAUAUGCACUCAAACAAGGUACAUUUUUGUUCCACCACACGAAUAAAAAAAUAAAAAAACGGAUUCCCGGAGAAGAAAAUAAGAAAAACAAUCACCUUCACAUGUUUAUGUAUGUAGGAGGGUGCUUUUGGUAGCCAUUGACAAGCUUCUGAUGAAACAAAAAUGUAGCUGUUUGGCCACAAUACCCAGCAAUACGUUUGGAGGAGAAAAGUUGAGGCUUUUAAUCCCAGGAACACCAAACCUACCGUCAAGCAUGGUGGUGGUAGUAUUAUGCUCUGGGUCUGUUUUGCUGCCAAUGGAACUGGUGCUUUAAAUGGGACAAUGAAAAAGGAGGAUUACCUCCAAAUUCUUCAGGACAAGCUAAAAUCAUCAGCUCGGAGGUUGGGUCUUGGGCGCAGUUGGGUGUUCCAACAGGACAAUGACCCCAAACACACGUCAAAAGUGGUAAUAAAUCAGGCUCGAAUUAAGGUUAUAGAAUGGCCUUCCCAAAGUCCUGACUUAAACCUGUGGACAAUGCUGAAGAAACAAGUCCAUGUCAGAAAACCAACAAAUUUAGCUGAGAUGAAACAAAAAUUGAGCCACAAUUUUUUUUUUGCGGCUCCAGACAGAUUUGUAAUUUGGCUCUUUCAACAUUUUGGGUUGCCGACCCCUGCUUUAGGGUAUAAAAGGAGGGAUAAACCGAGCAACCUUUGACAGGGAGGGUCUGCAUAUGCACUCAAACAAGGUACAUUUUUGUUCCACCACAUGAAUAAAAAAAAAAACCGGAUUCCCGGAGAAGAAAAUAAGAAAAACAAUCACGUUCACAUGUUUAUGUAUGUAGGAGGGUGCUUUUGGUAGCCAUUGACAAGCUUAUGAUGAAACAAAAAUGUAGCUGUUUGGCCACAAUACCCAGCAAUACGUUUGGAGGAGAAAAGUUGAGGCUUUUAAUCCCAGGAAUGCCAUCCCUACCGUCAAGCAUGGUGGUGGUAGUAUUAUGCUCUUGGCUUGUUUUGCUGCCAAUGGAACUGGUGCUUUAAAUGGGACAAUGAAAAAGGAGGAUUACCUCCAAAUUCUUCAGGACAACCUAAAAUCAUCAGGUUGGGUCUUGGGCGCAGUUGGGUGUUCCAGGAGGACAAUGAUCCCAAACACUUCAAAAGUGGUAAAGGAAUGGCUACAUCAGGCUAGAAUGAAGGUUUUAGAAUGGCAUUCCCAAAGUCCUGACUUAAACGUGUGGACAAUUCUGAUGAAACAAGUCCAUGUCAGAAAAACAACAAAUUUAGUUGAGAUGAAACAAAAAUUGAGCCACAAUUUUUUUUUUGCGGCUCCAGACAGAUUUGUAAUUUGGCUCUUUCAACAUUUUGGGUUGCCGACCCCUGCUUUAGGGUAUAAAAGGAGGGAUAAACCGAGCAACCUGAAGCAACCUUUAACAGUGCAUAUGCACUCAAACAAGGUACAUUUUUGUUCCACCACACGAAUAAAAAAAAAAAACGAUUCCCGGAGAAGAAAAUAAGAAAAACAAUCACCUUCACAUGUUUAUGUAUGUAGGAGGGUGCUUUUGGUAGCCAUUGACAAGCUUCUGAUGAAACAAAAAUGGAGCUGUUUGGCCACAAUACCCAGCAAUACGUUUGGAGGAGAAAAGUUGAGGCUUUUAAUCCCAGGAACGCCAUCCCUACCGUCAAGCAUGGUGGUGGUAGUCCUAUGCUCUUGGCUUGUUUUGCUGCCAAUGGAACUGGUGCUUUACAGAGAGUAAAUGGAACAAUGAAAAAGGAGGAUUACCUCCAAAUUCUUCAGGACAAGCUAAAAUUAUCAGCCCGGAGGUUGGGUCUUGGGCGCAGUUGGGUGUUCCAACAAUGAUCCCAAACACACGUCAAAAGUGGUAAAGGAAUGGCUAAAUCAGGCUAGAAUUAAGGUUUUAGAAUGGCAUUCCCAAGAAACAAGUCCAUGUCAGAAAACCAACAAAUUUAGUUGAGAUGAAACAAAAAUUGAGCCACAAUUUUUUUUUUUGCGGCUCCAGACAGAUUUGUAAUUUGGCUCUUUCAACAUUUUGGGUUGCCGACCCCUGCUUUAGGGUACAAAAGGAGGGAUAAACCAAGCAACCUUUGACAGGGAGGGUCUGCAUAUGCACUCAAACAAGGUACGUUUUUGUUCCACCACAUAAAAAAAAAAAAAAAACGGAUUCCCGGAGAAGAAAAUAAGAAAAACAAUCACCUUCACAUGUUUAUGUAUGUAGGAAGCCUGAGGACUUGAAGGAAAAGUCUCAGGGUUCCGUGAGACCUUCUCGCUGCAUUCUCAGGUGUCACAAAGUGAGAGUGAGCUGAUUUGUGGCAUGUGGUAAAAAGUGCGACUGAACACUCAAGUAACGUUUGAUCGUUUCUCCUUCUUCUUCUUCUUCUCCUUCUCCUUCCCGCCAGAGUUUCAAUGCUCUUCCACGUUCUAAGAUGAAGUUAUGGAAAAGUGCUACUUUUGCCUUUGUGCUCUGUGGCGCCGCCCUGUCUGUCGUCCUCAUUAAAAACAUGGCCACCGUCGUGGGAGCGCCUAAAGCCAAGACCAAACACACCUCAUCCUCAUCAUCAUCAUCAUCAUCAUCCUCCUCCUCCUCGUGGUACCCUUCCACCUCACCGUCAGAAACCUCAUCAUCGCCAUCAUCUCCGCCCGGCUGGGGUGUCGGCCUCCGUCGGCGGCCGCGCUCGGCAGACAUGAGCUCUCUCCUCUCCGAGUUGUCCAUGAUGUUCCAGAGCUUCACGGAAGGUGAACUUCAGCACAUGGUUGGGACCCUGAUGGACAGGAAGCAGCGGAAGAACCGGAGCCAAAGCCAGACCAGAAGGACUAAAAGAGCCCGGCGGGCCAAGCCCUGCUCCCUGAGAGAACUGGAGCUGACAGUGAGCGAGCUGGGCCUGGGCUACGACAGCGACGAGACGGUGGUGCUGCGCUACUGCAGCGGCAAGUGCACGGCGCAGCGGCGCAACUACGACAUCACCAUGGAGCACAUGAUGCGGACUGGCUUCAAGAAGAGGGGCCGCAAGGACAAGGUCGGCAACGGUCCGUGCUGCCGGCCCACGGCUUUCGAGAAGGACUUUUCCUUCCUGGACAACCGGAGCCGCUACCACAGCAUACAGAACAUCUCGGCCAAGAACUGCGGCUGCGUAUGACCCACGGACUCCGACGUGGGACAACAUGGGGAGGGGGGGAACUCCAGAUCAGGAAUAUGUUGGACCUGGACCGACUCCACGUGGGAAUGAAUCAGAAGGAUUUGCAGACAGAGAAUGACUGUUCUUUUUCUAUAUGUGUAGUAACACUGUAAACACAGCAAUGUAGCAACAUGGCGUGUUCUUCCGGGUCACGUGACCGCGUGACUAAGACCUGAUGAGUCAUGGCCGCCCGGCUCAAGACUAAACUUCACCGUUUCACAUCUCAACCCAAGUAUAUUUCAACGUUCUUCCGACUGGAACGCGGUAGACACAGCAAAUUCAGACAACACAGUCCUAUUAAUUUUGUAAUCGUACUAAUCACUACUUUCCCCUGGCUUAUUAUUCUUCAUCACACCAAGAAUCUUAGUGAUUUGUACGGUUUGUGAGGGUCUUCCUUUCCUUUAAAGUUAAAGUUAAAAUACCAAUGAUUGUCACACACACACUCUAGGUGUGGUGAGAUUAUCCUCUGCAUUUGACCCAUCCCCUUGUU